CAGCAGUUGAUUCGUAAUUUUUUAUAAUCUGUUCUGUGGUUGUGGUAUUAGCAAAAUCAAAUAACACAGUGACUAAAUAUUUUGUAAAAUGGAAGAAAUUGGUAUUAUUUUGCCUGAAAAAGAUGACCAAGUCACCGACACAAAAGGAUUGUCUUUCGCUGGACCCCAAACUUUCGAUGAACUGGAAUCAGAAGAUCUGUAUACAAAAUACAAGAAAUUGCAGCGGAUGUUAGAGUUUUUAGAAGUUCAAGAAGAAUACAUAAAAGAUGAACAAAGAAAUCUCAAGAAAGAGUACCUACAUGCCCAAGAGGAAGUUAAACGGAUACAAUCAGUCCCCUUGGUCAUUGGACAGUUUCUUGAAGCUGUUGAUCAAAAUACUGGCAUAGUUGGAAGUACAACAGGUUCCAAUUACUAUGUCCGAAUCUUGUCUACAAUUGACCGUGAGCUGCUGAAACCAUCAGCAUCAGUGGCCCUGCAUAAACAUUCAAAUGCACUUGUAGAUGUUUUACCACCCGAAGCUGACAGCUCUAUUUCCAUGCUGCAAGCAGAUGAAAAACCUGAUGUCCAAUAUUCAGAUAUUGGUGGUAUGGACACACAGAAGCAAGAAAUAAGAGAGGCAGUGGAAUUGCCUCUGACUCAUGUUGAAUUGUACCGGCAGAUUGGUAUUGAGCCUCCGAGAGGUGUGCUGAUGUACGGACCUCCUGGUUGUGGCAAGACUAUGUUGGCAAAGGCUGUUGCUCAUCAUACUACAGCUGCAUUCAUUCGUGUUGUUGGUUCUGAGUUCGUGCAGAAGUACUUGGGUGAAGGACCACGUAUGGUUCGCGACGUGUUCCGUCUCGCUAAAGAGAACAGCCCCGCCAUUAUCUUUAUUGAUGAAAUUGAUGCUAUCGCUACAAAACGAUUUGAUGCUCAAACCGGAGCUGACAGAGAAGUGCAGAGAAUUCUUUUGGAACUACUCAAUCAAAUGGAUGGCUUUGAUCAGACCACUAAUGUCAAAGUAAUAAUGGCCACGAAUCGUGCAGACACAUUGGACCCUGCGCUGCUGCGACCUGGACGUCUCGACAGGAAGAUCGAGUUCCCUCUGCCUGACAGACGUCAGAAACGUCUGAUCUUCUCAACAAUCACGGCGAAGAUGAACCUGUCGGAGGAGGUGGACCUGGAGGAGUUCGUGGCGCGGCCUGACCGCGUGUCGGGGGCUGACAUCAACGCCAUCUGCCAGGAAGCCGGCAUGCACGCCGUCAGGGAGAACAGGUACAUCGUACUGCCGAAAGAUUUCGAGAAGGGAUACAAGAACAACAUCAAGAAGGAUGAGAGUGAAUACGAAUUUUACAAAUAAGAACUU